AUGCCCCACUUGUCACGCGCGCUCCUCCUCGCAGCGGGUGCAGUGGCACUCGCAGCGGCUGUCGCGGCUCCUGUCCGCAUCAGCACUCAGUCGUCCACGACGUUUGACUGCACUGGCGCUUCGUCCUCCACGAGUAGCAGUACGACGUUUAUCGACUACAACCAUUUGGUGCACUGCACGCCGCUGCUGCAGAGCUCACCUGCGCUCGCGAAAGCGGUGCUCGUGCUCUGCCUCGUGCUGCUGCUGUACCUCUUGAGCUCGACGGCCGACGAGUUUUUCUGUCCUGUGCUGCAAGCGAUCGUCGAGAAGUACCACAUCCCACCGCACGUGGCCGGCGUGACGUUCCUGAGCUUUGGCAAUGGCUCACCCGACGUGUUUUCCAACAUUGCUGCGUUCGCGACGCCGACGCCGUCGAUUGGCAUUACAGCUGUGCUGGGCGGGGGGCUCUUGGUGACUACAGUGAUCACGGCCUGUGUGGGACUCGUGUCGGACGGUCAGGAGCAGUUGAUCCCCCGCACGUUCUUACGCGACGUGGUGUUCUACUUUGUCGCAGUGCUGUACUUGGGACUCGUGUUCUUUGACGGCCAAGUCGAGCUGCUCGAGGCCUUGGGCUUCCUCGCGCUCUACUUUGUCUACGUCGUCGUGGUGUUUGCAGACAAGCACUUGGCGGCCUACUUCUUCCCGGCCAAAGUCCACACGGAAGCGUCAAUGUACGCUGCACUGCACAACGACGGGGACGAUGUCGAGUGUUGGUCGCCGUCGAUUGUGAGUGUCAAGAGCGCAGAGAGCACUCCAUUGGCCCUCCUCCCGGUUCAUGUUGAAGAGCCCGCGUCGAUGGAGCAGCAAAAGCGUCGCCCGUUCAUGAAGAGUCAGACGACGCCCAUCUACGACACCUUUGUGCGCUCACGGAUAUUCUCGGAUUCCGAUCAGUCGGAGCCGUCCCCGCGGUUUCUUGACCGCUUGAUGUACCGCAAGAGCUCUGUGGUCACGCCGCGGUCGACGCCUCACAUUACGGAUGCGCUUGCACCAAACGAGGGUCAGUCGCUGCUGGAAGUCACGGACGUGCAUCUGAAGCGUCCUUCGACCAUGUGCGUGGCGUCCAUGCAAGAGUCGCUGCGUCGAAUGAGGCGUCAGCGACGCCGACGUAAAACAGCAUGGGAGUCACUCGAGUCGAGUGCAUAUUAUGGAGCAGCAGCACGCCGAUGGACGCGCGGGUAUCGUUCAUUGAGUAACACUGACGAAUUCGAUUCUUCUGUUGAAGCAGAAGAGCUGGAUGCCGAUAUGAACGAGACUGCCGGCAUGAACGACGAGGACAUGAAACAGAAGGAGCUGGACUUGGAAGCGGCUGAAAUGGAGCAGCUUGCUCUGGAGGCUUUCAUGGCUACCUCGUGUACCAAUCUCGCUAAGGUCAAAGCAAAGCAGUGCUGGAAGAUGGCUUGUCGAGCGGUAGGAUGCAUCUACUGGGCCCUCGAGCGGGUCAUAUGGAACCCGUUUGCAGUGUUUACUGUGUUUGUGCGUCGACUGACGAUUCCGCUCGUGGACGAAGACACGUGGGACAAGCACUUGGUCGUCAUUUGUCCGCCUUUUGCGGUGCUGCUGUUUGGAGUGUCCGUGUUCUCGUUCUGCAUUGACGACCCGGUGUUUUUCGUGUCGGCCGUUGUCGUUGGUGGGGUCCUCAGCGGCCUUGUCGAGUACACCACGUCACCACUCUCGCCCCCGGAAGGCAAGUUGCUGGCACCUUUUAUUUGUGUGGCGUUUGUCAUGUCUGUCAUUUGGAUCAUGAACAUUGCGAAUGAAGUGCUGGCUGUCUUGGAGACGCUGGGCGAUCUCUUUGGCAUCUCGAGCUCAGUCUUGGGCGUGUCGGUUCUGGCGUGGGGAAACUCUAUCGGCGACCUCGUGUCAAACAUGGCGAUUGCACGCGAUGGGUUUCCUACGAUGGCGUUUGCCGGCUGCUUUGCCGGACCCAUGUUCAAUCUCCUGGUCGGUAUCGGGCUGUCACUGACCAUCGCCAUCGUUUCGCGCGGUCCUCUCUCCAUUGCGACGCCAUCACCACUUGCGUGUCUGGGCUUUGGAUAUCUCCUCUUGAGUCUCUUGCUGAACAUUGUGGUGGUAUCCUGCGACGGCUUUCGGUACCGCCCGCGACUGUGCUACACACUGCUGACGCUGUACGCAUCGUUUGCUAUUAUCUCCGUUGCGCUUGUGGCGAAUUACCCCGAAAAGUAG